CUUCCGGACUCGCCGCUAUGAUUUAGCGCCACGAUUUUUGUAUCGCCGAAAAUCGUAGCGUUGUGCAUCUCCCUACUGAUCUCUGGAACUACGCCCGAACUCUACUUCAUUUAUUACGAUUCUUGUUCAUCGUAUGAAAUGUGGCAAGAUCCAUUUACAACAAUAUAUAAACCUCGCAGAUUGAGAGGCACACCAGCUUAUAAGUUUGUUGGAUUACUUGCUGGUUGUGUUACUGGUAUAUCCGUUAUUGUUGGUUCAUCUAUAUAUUUCAGUUUCAUUGGCGAUAGAUUAAGCUACAAAAUAGAAAAGGAAGGAUUUUUGUGUCGCACUGAGGAAGAUCUUAUUCAACGCAGUAUGUUACGUGAUAACACCCUCAAUCGGAUCUUUUCUAGAACGGGCCAAAAACCAAGUGACGAUCCCUUUGCGUAAUAGUCAUAGUUUUCAAAUAUGAAUUCUCAUGCAUGCAUUGAACAGCCACCUACAAGAGUAGACUCCACAAAUAAUGAGAAUAAACAGAAUUAUGUAAUUAUGAGUAGACUACGAUUGAAAAGAAAUGAUAGUAACAGCUGUGCACAAGGAACAGAGAUAAGUCAAAAAGUAUCACCCGUUCCAAACAACGCUGAAACUACUGAUUUCAAAAUGGGUUUAUGUGAAAAUGAGAGUAACUCUUCCCGUCAUAAAUCUUUAUCUCCAAACAAAGAAGACAGUUUACUGGACUUUAAAUCUCCAAAAUUUAAGGCAGCAUCUGUCAUAAAGGAUGCAAAUAUAGUGUCAAAGUCUAAGAGAAAAUUAGUAUUAUCCAAAACUAAAUCUUCUACUUGCAAAGAAAGCACAUCUAAUACCAAAAGAUCGUCACGUACUAGGAAAGUUGUACAAGAUCAUAAUCAACAAUCUGUAGAAUCAUCAUUUUUUAAAACUGGAACAAAUAUUAAAACAGCAUUUGUAUGCCCGUUGUGUUUCAAAUCAUACAAAGAUGAAGCAACACGAUCAACACAUAUGAAGGUUUGCGCAGUAAAGAAUAAAGUAUCGACCAAAAAAUUAUUGGAUGCUGUUGAAUUACAAGAUCGACAAGCUGAAGAACGGAAAGCAAUGGGUUUACUAGCUGCUCCUAUUUUACAGCCUAAGAAAAAUGUGUCACGAAAACCGCUUGAUAAUAAAGAUCCACAACUUGACUUAGCCCUUGCACUUUCCAUUUCGCUACACGAAAUGCAGCAGAACGAACAGUUGGAGGAAGCUGAAACAUUAGCUGGUGACCCUUCACAACCUUUGCCAGAUAUCGGAGAGGAGAAGCGUAGAAUAACUUUGCAAAACUUCGGAUUUUUCACUGAAAAACCUGUAAUUUCACACCCUACAACAGUUUCAUCCAAAAGGAAGAAGCGCAUGGAGAAGAUCGUUUUACAGAUUCGUACCCAAGAAGAGAGAGAUCGUAUUCUAACAGAGAAGAUAGCUGAUGUGUUGGUGGAUGAUGAAUCCAUAACCCAAAGAAUUCAAGAGGAACGAUUAAAUACUAUAUCCCAUAAACAAGAUAUUGUCUUGCAUAGCCGUUUCCUUCGUGAUCUCCAUAAAAAGGAUAACAGAUUAUGGGAUAGGACUAGACUGUCUCCAAAUUCUAAAAACUUUUAUGUUGAGGAACUUGAACCAUUCAUAAUGCCCAGGAAACAAAGCCAGCAAGAAUUGCAUGUAACGAAACAAUCAGUUCUAGAACUAACUAAAUCCAACAAUGAACCUCAUAAGACCAAUCCAGUUUUUAUGGAAUCUGUGGACAAAAACGAUGUAUUGCCAAUCGAGAAGGUCAAAAUUGAGAUUAAGUCACCAAUCAAAGAUAAAAAUAAACUAGUAAGCAGCAUAAGCGAAAUGAAGGUGUCAAAAGCAAAUUAUAAAUCUAUGAAUAUCUUAGCAAUAAAUUGGGGAGAAACUUUGAAUCAAAGUCCUAUGAGUGAUGUGAUUAUAUAUCUGAAAGGUGAUAAACACAUCUGGGUUCAUAAAUUAGUCUUGUUUGUUCGUUGUCCGGAAAUGAUGCUUGAAAUUAUUCCUAAUGACAAUAUAAAGUUUCAACAAAUAAAAGAAAAGAUCUGCUGGCCAGACGUAGCUUACUGCACAGCCUUGGCCUUUCUGGAAUUUAUUUAUUGUGGCAUUAUAUCAAGGAACGAGUACAUUUUUAAUGAUACGGAUACACUAUCGAUGUUGAGGAAGAUGGCAAGAAAAUAUCGUGUCAAAGAUUUAUUCACGUAUUUCAGAGAAAGAGAAAAAGAAUUUGAGGCGAUUGAAAACAAAGUCGAAGAGAAAGUAUGUAAUACUCCUAAAACUUCUGACAAUAAUUCUUCUGCAAGCACGAAAAUCAUUAACGACCAUCCAAAGUCCAAUGACAAAUGUCAAGCUAAUAUAAAAUAUAAUAGUGAAUCAAAAGUGUCCCAAAGAACGCAAUCUAUAUCAGUAACUAUUGCAUCUUCUAAUGAAUUUAAAGAAAGUGAUUCUAUGAAGUCCUACUUGGAGAACAACGAACCUAAUGAACCAAUGUGUCUUGAUUCUAACGAAGAUAGUAAUCAAUCAACUGUUAUACUCAAGGAUAAAUUGGGCAGUGUUUCACCUGAUUUGUUUGAUGAUUUAGAAGAAGAAACUUCAAAUCUUAUGAAUCAAACUUCUAUGCCUACUGCUUUCGCUCGUGACAAUUGUAUAAACGAAACUAAUAAUAUUGAUAUAUUGAUGGAAUUAAUUGACCAAGACACUCAGUUGAAUAAAAACGAAGUUAUUGAUGAGUUAUCAUUAUCAUCAGAAACUGCACCAGAAGUUACUGCAGAAACGGUAUCAGAUGGUGCUACUUUCAAGAGUCUGGAAAUACCAUUCGACAAUCGUGUCAGGUCUACAACAUUCAAAUCUUCAUUUGCAUCACCUGUCACGCAGCCAUGCAAUAUUACAAAAAAAGAAAUACCCAAAUCGAGAAAUUUAAUGUCUCAAAUGAUCACUGAUACAAACAUACCAAAACAAAAAAGUAAUCUUAGCUUGUUGAUUGAGAAAGUUCAAAGACAAAAUGCUAGAUCGUUAUCGGAAUCAGAUACUGAUACAGACUCUCCUAUACUACUGAGGAAAAAACGUUCUAGAAAUCCUUUCAACAUAAGAAAGAAAAACGAAUAUUCACUUUUAGAAGAAACGGACAGAAACGAUACUCCAGAAAAAGAAACUAUGCAAAUAAAAAGAAACGCUCUGAGUUUGCUUGAGGAAGACGUGCGAAAAGCAACGGCUGAAAAUAAAAAAUCAAAUGUAUUACAUAAUAAAGUUGUAAAACAUACUCCAAACAGAAGUAGCAAAUGCUCUGGACAAGAAAAUCUUAGUAUUAACAAUGAAAUAUUAUCUGGAGGUUUGUCGAGUGAUAAUGAUGAUGUUUUCUGUUUAACACAGUCAUCAACCAUUCGACCUCAUGAGGAUGCACAUUGUAUAAAUUCUGACGCAACUACUGAUGAGGAACAAAUGUCAAUAUAUUCGAAAUAUAAAAGGAAACAUAGCCGUAACAGUAUAGAAAAAUAUCGCUUGGCUUUACAAAACGUUAUGCAUCGUAAUUCCAGUAUUUUGGAUACGUUAAUUAGUAAGCAAUCGUCUAGUCUUGAUAAGAGUCCUAAUUUAAAUAAGGACUUACAAAAGAAAAAAAAUAUAACUGAUAAAAAUGUCGAAUCAUUACCGCCAAAAGACCGACAAUCUUUGAAUGAUGAAGUUACCGACAUGUCGGAUUUGGAAAUUUGUAUGUCUACUUCGUCUACUUCAAUUCUACAAGAUAAACUAAAUUGGGAUAUUGAAAGAGAUCUAAAAAAUAAUAAGAAUAUAGACAGUGCAUUAAAAGAAACCGACACUCGUACUGACGUCGAAGUUCCUUGUUCAGAAUAUUUUACAUCGGACAUACAGGCAGAAUUUCCCGUACUGACUCAAAUGGUUAGGAAUGACGUUGAAGUAAAUUUUUCUGAUAUGGACACGGAUAUAGAUUGUCAGCUGGAAUCAAAUUCUCAGUUAAAACGAAUAAAAAAGUUUAGUAAGAAGAAAAAAGAUUGCGGAUUCAAUUUACAAAAUAUACAUGAUUUAGAAACAGAUAUAGAAGAACCGGAAGUCUUGUCAGUACCGAAACCUAAGAAAAUGUUGAAUGAUAACAUCAGUCCUGUUAAUAAGAAAUCGAGUUUGUUGAAUUCCCCAAAAUUAAAAAAAUUUUCUUCUCAAAACUCUCAAAAAGGCAUGGAUAGAAAAGAUGAAGAGCCUCCUGUAAUUUUUGAUAAGUCUGUCAUAAGAAGUAAAUCAUCAAGAACUUCCAGCCCUAGAAAAAGUUUAUUUAACAUUGACAACGAAGUGGAAAAUUUGUUUCAAAAACCCAGCUGUUCAAAAAGUAAUAAUUUCAAAGAUACUGGUACAACAAAUAAUCCAAGUCCAAUUUUCAUAUCGUCUAGUCCGGAUCUAAAUUCUGAUCAUUUUUCAACUAUGAAUUAUGGUAUAGACGAUAAUCAAUUGGGAAUUUCAUAUUUAGAAUCAACAAGGAGUAAACAUGAAAUGGAGCAGUUGUUCUCAAGUGAUAUUAAUAUAGAAAAUAUUGAUGUUUAUGAAGAAACACAGAAACGUUUAAGCAACCAAUUAUCAUUAAUAGAUAAAAAAGUAAAUGUAGAGUACGAAAGUAAAUCGAAAAAUGAAGUGCAUCACGAUCUUAUAGAAAUUGGUUCACCAUUUCAUUCAAAAAGUCGGACACCCUCGAUUUCACCUAGCAAUAAAUUGAAUUCAAGAAAAUCCUGCAGUCCAUCAAAAACUUUAUUUGACACUUCUAAAAGUAUUAAGAAUUUAGACAAAUCCAUUCGCAAAUUCAAUGACGCUAUCACUUCCAAAAAUUCAAAGCACGGUAGCACUACAGCCGAGGAAAAGUCUAAAAGUAUUAGAAGUCUGAAAACAAAAUCUAUGUCUGAAGGAAACUUUAGAAAGACAUCAACAGAGGAGGAGGAUGAGUUAGACUAUUUAAUAAAUGGUCAUGUACCGUCAUUUAAUGAUACACCAGUACAGAAUCGUAUGAGAAAAUUCAGCUGUGAAACUACACCCUUAUCAAAAGUUAUUAACGAGAAUGUUACACCACCAGCAAAUUAUAGUGCUAUGAAGAGUCCUGAGCUUAAGAAAGAAUUACAAAAAUAUGGUCUGAAGGCACAAAAACGAAAUAGAGCAAAGCAAUUGCUGAGACACAUAUACAAUGAGUUACAUCCUAUACUUACAGUAUCACCUGGGCAGACGAAUAGUGAAUGUCAAGAUAUGAAUACUGAUGAUGAACGACCACCAGCUAAAAAAAUUAAUAAAAAUAAAACCCCUACAAAAUCAAAUACUGCUGACAAGGACGAUUCAUCCUCUGACUGCGACAUACAAUUAUCACAAUAUAGUAACACCAGUGAUAAAUCAAACUGUUCGAUGAUAGCUGAAGAAAGAUUAUUUAAUGAGUCAGAGACAACGACUCAAGUAAAAACUUCUAUGAGUAUCCAAGAUGCUUUUCGAAAACUGAUAAAUGUGGACAGAGAAUUACAUAAUAAAGUUUUAAUGUAUGAGCCCUUACUAUUAGAAUCAUUGCAUGCGAUGUUAAAAAAUCAAGGGGUCAAAUGUAAAUUAAAUACUUUAAUGGAUUUUUUGGAUGAGCAGUGUAUUGCAUUUCGCAGUGAACAAAGCAAACGGAGCAGAACAAGAAAAAAGAAACACCCCUAAAGUUAUUUAGUGUAUCAAUACUUUUUAUCAGAAUCUUUAAAUAAAAAAUGUCUACUUGACCUCCAUAAGGCAA